AUGAAUGAUGAAGGCAGUGCCGAGUUCCAACACAACUGGGCCAGUUUUAUGCAGUCGCUGGAUGUCGGCCCGGAUAAGGCUAAAGGGAUAGAGCAGCUACCUUCCGACCAGAAACGUCAUCUUCUCGAGAGCUACAGUAUUCGUGGUUCAGAUGACCAAGAUGCGAAGGAAAUUCUCUCUGCAACGGAAAUUUCGCUGCGUACGAACAACGUCCGGUCGGAUUCUGAUAUACUUGGCAUACGCAAUCAUUCCGACGACAAGUUCACUUCGCUUGGUUCGGAUCCCGAUUUGCUGCUUGCGAAUGGGAUCAGUCGAUCCGCAUCGUCCGGUCGUUCAAUAUGGCGCUCGUUCUGGUGUACUGGUCAUUCGAAGGUCAAAGAUAGACGCGCGACACAGAUAGGUCAUCCCUCGGAUCCCGUUUGGGACAGUCUCCAUCAAGCCGUAAAGUGUUUUCGAGCCAUAUUGAAUAAUCAGCGCGGUUGUUCAAUGGUUUUUGAACACCCGAAAGCAAUUCAAGUGAUCACAUUGUGCCUGUUACACCCAAGCUAUCAAACUAAAACCCUGGUACUGGAGCUCCUGGCGGCUGUAUGCUUGAUCAUCGGCGGUCAUGAGCGUGUGAUCAAGGCUUUUGACAAUUUCAAGCGGGAAGUUGGUGAAUCUGCACGUUUUGAAAGUCUUGUGCGCUAUUUCAUCUCACAUGAAUCGUGCUCUCCAGAUGACUACAAUAUUGACUUCAUGGUCUCUUGCAUUCAGUUCUUUAAUAUUGUGGUCCAUUCGACGGAUGAUAUCAUGCUCCGAGUCUAUUUGCAAGAGGAAUUCCGUCAUCUGGGUCUGGUUCACUACUUAAAUCGACUACAAAAUCGUGCGGGAGAUCGCCUGGUUCGCCAAAUCGAAGCGUACAACGACAACGAGGUCAAUGUGGCUCUUCUGUUGGAGGAUUCUCAGGCGAGAGAAUUCUAUCAACAAGAGUGUGAACAACGCGAAUCGGAGAUAUUUAGUUUGCAGACUCAGCUAGGUGCGGCCAAGGCUGAACAGGAGGCCCAGACCUCGGAACUGCGCAGUGCCCUUCAGGAAUUGCAGAUCCGCUGUACGGAAUUGGAGAAUCAGCGUGCUAGCCAAGAUGGUCAACUAACAUCAUUAAGGGCCCGCUUACAGGACCGUGAUCAGUCAUCCUCUGAACGUGAGAAGGUCUUAGAAGAACGAAUCAAGGACCUGGAAGAGACUUUAUCUCGCACAAAGGUUGCGGCUGCUGCUGGUAUAAACGGCCCAUCCUUACCGUCUAAAGGUACACCCGAGGGUGCCUCUUCUCCACCACCGCCGCCGCCACCUCCACCACCACCGCCGCCCCCACCUCCNCCCCCACCGCCACCACCACCUUUACCCUCCCUGGGUGGUGGAGCUAUUCCACCACCACCACCUGGACUAGCACAAGCUCCAUCAGGGAUUGAAAGUGUCCCAAUCCGCCCCCCAAUCCAAACUCAUUUCAAGCUUCCUUUGGUCAAUUGGACUGUGCUACGAAGUCAGCAACUACGCGGCACCGUGUUCGUAGGUAUGAAUGAUGAAGAUGUGCUAGGUCACGUGAACACCGACCGGUUUGAGGAUCUGUUCAAACUGUCUAGCCAAAAGGUGGCCGGGGUGACCGGUUUGGGGCAAAAUGGCAAAGGGAUGAAUGGAGUAGAUUCUGGCCUCAGUCGGACAGCCCGACGCCCGGAGAAGAAAUCACUCAUGGAUUCCAAUCGUCACCGCUGCAUCGGAAUUCUGCUACGCUAUUUGGAAUCGGAGAAGUACACACCGGAACGUUUAGUGAACGAUAUCUCAGGACUGAAUGUGACCCAAGAUGUAGCAGAUCGUAUAUACUGUCAACUGCCCACUCAGGACGAAAUGCGAACAUAUUUGAAGUACGAAUUCACUGAUCAGAAACCGGUGGAAGAUUUGACCGAUGAAGAUCGUCUCUUGUUGCAUUUAUGCAAAAUCGAACGACUCGGUCCGAGAUUGGAAAUCAUUUUGUUCAUGAACUCCUUCGAGGAUUCACUCGGGGCACUAUACCCGGUCAGUCUCGUUGAUUCGUAG